UAUUAAUAAAUUAUUAUCAGAUAUUAGAGAAAUGAAAACUAAUUUUCAAAUUCAAAUUCAGUUGAAGGACAACGAGUUGUCAAAUUUGAGAAAAAAAUAUGAGCAGUUCCAAAUUAGAGUAAACGAAUUUGGAGAUAAUUCAUCGAGAAUUGUUCAAUCAAAUUUUUAUGACCAUCAAAAUACAUUGGACAAGUUGACCAAAGAAAAUGAGUUAUUAAAGAGGAAAAACAAAGAGUUGUUGAAUGAAAAAAAUUCUUUGGUUUCAAAAUUAGCUGAAGAGUUUGAUCAAUGUCCAAUAGCGUCGUUUGAAUAUGGAAACGAAAGCUACAAUGAUAUAAGAAAAUUAACUAAAUCUGUGAAGGCUGAAAACGUGGAUACAAGAUGCUGUGAUAAGUUCUCCGAUUUGUGUGUGACAGAACUCAAUGAAAAUAUGGCUUUCAUCGGUGUUGUUGAUGUCGUUGUCCAAAAAGCAUCUGAUGUUAUCAAAGUCCAACAAACGCAAACAAUUGAAGACCCAAUGAAAAUCUUCGAAGCUAAUAUCGAUAACGUGUCAUUCACAAAGACUAUCUCAAGUGAUCUCAAAGUAGAAUCAAAUUGUCUAGAUAAGACGAAGAACGAUAUAAUUUCCAUUGAAGAAAACUGCUGCAAAAUGACCGUCAAAUUCACCGGUCAUAAUGACAUAGAAAACAUCUUAAAACUAGACCAAAUCACAACGUUUAAUACUACUGUUAACGAUAAAAAAAAAAAACUCGCAUACAAUAAAUUAGAUGCACGUAUUAAAUCUGAUCCGGUUUGUGCACUGCAAGAAUUGUGUAUGUACCGAGAUUGGAUACUACCGGAUUAUAAGUUUUUCAAAGAAGGUGAUAGUAAAACUUUUACUUAUUCGGUAGAGUGUACCGUACUAUCAUUCACAGUCAGGGUCGAGGGUCUACUGAAGAAAGAGGCUAAACGAAAAGCUGCUACAUUGAUGUACCAAAAAAUUAAAAAGUCAGAAAACCCGAUGACAUUCUAGAUUGUUAGCAUCA